UUUCAGUGACACUGAUAAAAGGCCUAAAACCCCUCCACUCCCUCUGGACUGAAUAACUGGCUGCAAGCCAACAAGGCUAGAACAGCAAGCAAACGCUAUUAGUUAAAUUUUAUCAAUUGUUGUGGAAGUUAUAACUAUUGUAAUUGCUAUUUGAUGAUUGCAAUAUGGAUUAACCCCCAUAUCAAGCAGCAAGCCGUGAAAGAAGGAGCUAACAAGUUUUUAUGUAGGCCCUGUCAGUAUAAGGAGCUGUUGGUGAGUCAUCAGAACCGUGUCGGACGUUCAGACAUACAUAGAACUGUAUUUAAAGACCGUAACCAAAUCUCGUAUCAGAAGCAACUGAUGUAAGUGUUAUUUCUUCGUCAAGGAUAGAGAUUGAAAGAAUGAACGACUCAAUGCAAGGGGCCUUCACUGAUGUUGCUCAGACACCCUUACUGAGGAAGAUUAGAAGUUUGAUCCCUGUCAACUUCCGGAAGGAAGCAAAAGACCUUUUCCAAUUAGCUGUGCCAGUGAUUUUGUCACAGCUGAUGGUCUUCCUCAUCGGCAUUGUUAGCUCCAUAUUCUGUGGACACUUAGGCAAGGUUGAGUUGGAUGCGGUUUGCCUGGCUACAGCAGUGAUAAACGUAUCAGGUAUCUCUGUCGGAGCUGGACUCGCUUCCGCAUGUGACACACUCAUAUCCCAGACGUAUGGCAGUAAGAACCUGAAACGAAUUGGAGUGAUUCUCCAAAGAGGGAUUCUCAUUCUCCUGAUCGCCUGCUUUCCCUGCUGGGCUCUCUUCAUCAACACCGAGCACAUUCUGUUGGCUUUGAAACAGUCUCCAGAAGUGGCCAGGUUAACCCAGCUGUAUGUAUGGAUAUUCAUCCCUGGCCUCCCUGCAACUUUUCUUUAUCAAUUAGAGAUCAGAUACCUUCAGAAUCAGGGGAUCAUUCUGCCACAGAUUUUUACUGGUCUCGUAGCCAACAUCUUCAAUGCUGUAGUAAAUUACCUCCUGCUGUACGUGCUAACACUGGGAGUGCUGGGCUCAGCUGCUGCCAAUGUUGUCUCUCAGUACUGUCAAGUCAUCCUCCUAUUUGUAUACAUUCGAUGGAAAAAGUUAUACAUUGGAACAUGGGCAGGUAAGUUACAGUCCAAGUAUAUUCCUAGAAAUACUAUUUUAAACUUAUUUCUCUCUUCAUCUUUUCUUCGGAGUUUCAGAAGGUGUUUGAUAAGGUACCACAUAUUUGGCUACUUAGAGCUGGUGGUAAAGACAGGAGAGAUUCUUGCUCAACUGCAUGAUGAAUUCCCGAUUACAUGGGCUUCUGUUCCUGGUGGUAUUCCUGGGCUAAUUAAUCAAGUUGAACUCGGAGCACAGUCUGUUAUUUAUCAAGUGCUGACAGCAGCUUACAUGAUCCCUCUGGGAGGUGGUGUGGCUGCAAGUGUCCGUGUGGGUAAUGCACUGGGUGCAAGGAAUCCAGAGAAAGCGAAAACGUCUGCUACAGUUGCCCUGUCUUUGGUUGGGUGUUGUUCCUUGCUGAUUGCAAUGAUCCUGGGAGCUUCAAGAAGCGUGCUAGGUUACAUCUUCACCACUGACAAAGAUAUUAUCCAGUUAGUUUCACGUGUUGACCCAGUCAUUGCUACAUUCCACUGGUUCGAAGCCAUAGCUACCGUAAGCGGUGGAGUGUUAAGAGGAGCUGGGAAACAAAAACUGGGAGCGAUCGGAAACCUAGUGGGUUUCUACUCAAUUGGGUUCCCCCUUGGUGUCACACUGAUGUUUGCUGCACAUCUUGGUGUCCUAGGUCUUUGGUCUGGACUGUUCAUCUGUGUGGUUGUACAAACAGUCUUCUUUUUAAUUGUGAUUUCAAGAAUGAACUGGAACAAAGCAUCUGAUGAGGCGAUAGUUAAUGCAGGUGUGAAGAUAAACGUGGACACCUCUUGCACUCCAUCUAAUCCCCAGACUGAGGAUCUUUCAACAGGUCAAUGUACAGAGGAUCCCACAGUCCUUGUGUUAACCAAUCUUAGCCAAGUGGAGAUUAGCACAGACACAGAACAACUGAGAGAAGAUGCCUCUCCACUAGAAAUUGGAGUUACCAUAGUUGGAAAAGUCUUGUCCACAAAACAACUGAUCGUUCGUCGUGGGCUGGCCUUCCUUUCUGGACCAGUUAUGCUGGCCAUUGGACUUGUGAUACAAUUAACUGUUUCAAAACAAACGUAGAGCCUUGAUGAAUUUGGUAGAGAAAAGCAGGGCUGAAGGUGCCAUUCUGCAGCUUGAGGAAGAGCCAGUGGACGACAAGAUAUGACUGUUGACAUGGGACACCAGUUGCUGCAGGAAAAUUUCAGUCGCCUGCCAACUAUUUAGGAAAACAUCCUUGGCUGUGUGCAAGCAUCCGAUAGACCGUUGACAAUUCAGUUACAACCUAAGAACCCCAGACCCUGAAUAAAGAGGGAGUCAGUGGUUGAUCAUGUCUACACCUCCUAAACCAUGAUGGUUUCCAAGCAUCCAUUAAAUUGAACAUCAUUGGCAGUAACUAUUGACAGAUAACAGUCUAAAGAAAGCAGAGAAAUAAAAAAUUUGGUUGUUAGUGAUUUAUCUUAAAUAUAAUUCAAAGAUUUGAAUCCAGCAAUUGUUUCAGGGUGUCAUGUCCAAUUUGUGGAUAUCUGAUCCAAAGAGUGCAAUCUGACACCAUUGAUGCACCCAAUUGAACUUUUAUAGGGGCGCCAAAGAUCCAUCCACUCUCAAAGAUCCAACCCACCCUGGCAAUGUUUUUCUACAACGUCUACCAUUGGGGAGAAGCUACAGAAGCCUGAACACACACAUUAGCUGGUUUUGAAACAGUU